GUACUUUACACUUAUCCGGAAAACUUCCGUGCUUAUAAGGCGUUGAUCGCCGCACAGUACUCCGCAGCUGAUGUUAAAGUAUCACCGAACUUUGUAUUUGGAGAAACAAAUAAGUCCCAGGAAUUUCUGAAAAAGUUCCCGGCCGGCAAAGUUCCUGCGUAUGAAAGUGCCGAUGGAAAGGUACUUCUGACUGAAAGUAAUGCCAUCGCUUACUACGUUUCAAAUGCGGCCCUCCGAGGCUCUGACCUCAAAAGUCAGGCUGCAGUAUACCAGUGGGCAUCGUGGGCGGACAGUGAACUCCUGCCUGCUUCUUGUGCCUGGGUCUUCCCCUACCUGGGCAUCAUGCAGUUCAACAAACAGAACGUAGAGCGUGCGAAGAGUGACCUACUGGCGGCUCUCAAAGUGUUGGACGACCACCUCCUCACUCGCACCUUCCUCGUCACUGAGCGAGUUUCGUUGGCAGACAUCAUCGUGUUCUGUACCCUCAUUCACUCCUUCCAGUACGUGCUAGAGCCCAGCUUGCGAGAGCCCUUGGUGAACGUGCAGCGCUGGUUCGCGACGGUGUCGCAGCAGCCGCAGGUGCUAGCCGUGGUGGGGCCCCUCGGCCUGUGCGCCGCGGCCCCCGUCUACGAUCCCAAGAAGUACCAGGAACUCACCAAGGACAAGAAGCAAGAGGGCGGAAAGAAAGAGAAGAAGGAGAAAAAAGAACAGCCCAAGAAAGAGAAGGAAGUAAAGGAACCCGAGCUACCGGAUGAGUUGGAUGAAAAGCCUAAGGAGUCCAAAGAUCCAUUUGACACGAUGCCCAAAGGAACUUUCAACAUGGACGACUUCAAGAGGUGCUACUCGAACGAGGACGAAGCCAAGUCGAUUCCGUACUUCUGGGAGAAGUUCGACCCCGAGCAUUACUCCAUCUGGUUCGCCGAGUACAAGUACCCCGAGGAGCUGGCCAAAGUGUUCAUGAGCUGCAACCUCAUCACGGGCAUGUUCCAGCGCCUGGACAAGAUGCGCAAGCAGGCCUUCGCCUCGGUGUGCCUCUUCGGCUCCGACAACGACUCGAGCAUCUCGGGCGUGUGGGUGUGGCGCGGCCAAGAUCUGGCCUUCCCGCUGUCUCCCGACUGGCAGAUCGACUACGAAUCCUACUCCUGGACCAAGCUGGACCCGAAGGCGCCCGAGACCGAGCGCCUCGUGCGCGAUUACUUCUCGUGGAGCGGAAAGGACUCUGAGGGCCGCGCCUUCAACCAGGGCAAGAUCUUCAAGUGA